AUGUCUUUUCCCAUUUGUAGUCAAAACCAGUCAGAUGCAGACCUGAUCCCCACCUACACUGUCUGUAUUGUUGGUGACCCACGUUCUGGAAAGUCCUGUUUCUGCAAUCGAUUCGUCUACUCUCAUCCCGACUGGUACCAAGAAGAUCAUUCAUCGAUGCUUAGAGAAUCGGAUUUUUAUGGACCUGUAAUUAAUUCCAACCACUGGCUGUAUUGGGGCACGGUAACACGCCACCUGGACGAUGAAACCACUGUCCGUUUUUGCGUGAUUGAGCAGACGGAGUUUCUUAGCGAUACUACCUCACUCCCCUUUAAUCCCUCAACCAUCUCUACAUGCUCUUCUUCCAUGGCAAAUACGUCCUCGGGUACUUCCGCACCUUCUAAUGUGUCCGUCACCUCUGCCUCCUCGUUGCAUUCUUCCAGUCGCUUACACGAUUAUAUCCUUCGUAGCACUUCCAUAAAACUGUGUUCUCCGGGUAAACUGCGUUACUAUUGUGUCGAUCAACUAGGUCAUGAAGAGCGCUAUAAACAGGAGUUAUUUCCCCACAGUGGUCCUCUGGAAGUACAUGGGUUUCUUGUGGUCUAUGAUGUGAGUCGACGAGCUUGUCAUGAUGUUCCGGAUCUCCAACAGCAGCAAUUAACCUUUCUGGUUGAUAUUCUAACUCUGAUCUCUAAACGGAAGAAACCUAUUGUGGUGGUUGCUUCGAAACGCGAUACAGUGGAUGAACAAUGUCUUUCUAGUGUGACUCAGUUUCUACAAAAAUCUCCCGAUUUCCGAAAAAUUCCAAUAGUUGAGGCAUCUGCGCAUAGGAAUAUUAAUGUUGAGCUCGCUUUCCUCACCCUUGCACGGUUACUAGAUAAUAGUAGCAAUAAGUCACGAAUAUCAAAGUUGAGACUUCAGUCCUACCAGGAAGCUACGCGUGAACAGGAUGAACAUCAAAGGCGACUAAGAGAAGCAUUUGUAAACAGGGUUUCUCUCUCCCCAGCAGGUUUUCUUACAGAUUGGCCUACUUUCCUCUCUCGAUAUAGCCAUCAGGGUGAUGUAGCAAGAUUUAUCGAUUUAUGGGGCUCGGAGGUAGCCAAAGAGACCUUUGAGCAAUUCACUGCUCAAUGGAAAACUGAGACAAAGCGACGCCAUAUGGCGAAACUACCAGAGGCCCUUUCCACUUUACUCCUCUAUGUUGGCCCAGUUACUAAUCAGUCUCCGAAGGAAUUGCUUCAGCGGUUGCGGUCUCAUUCCCAAUUCGAUCGCUUUUUCAUUAGUGUGGAAUCACUGGAUGAUAAUUUCCUUAAUCGGCAUAACUUCCAGGGUGAUGAUACACGUAUUCCUUUCUCUUUGGCCUUGAAAGAACCCCCUGAUAAUGGUGACUCUCCAUUUAUGGAAUCGAUUAAAUCCCUAUUGGUUGCAGAGGCAUGGGCUUCAAAUAUGUCUACAUUUGAAGAUGCUCUUCUACGGUGGCAGGAUUCUUCAAAAAUUCUUGCCGGCCAACCACUUGAUCUCGAUCAACUUCCACGUAUCGAUCGGACCUCUGUACUAAGUAAUGAUGAUCAAAUAGAGGUGUAUCAAAAAUUUCAAGAGUGUUUGCGUCUAUACACAAGGGAGGAAUUUCUCGAUCUCCUCUUGGAAAAUCUCCCACACUUCAUUCGAGCUGCAUCUGCCUAUUUAAAUUGUCUGGGGGAUUCCUUUUUCUCAUCCUCAUUUGCGCAAACAAGAAAUCAACCACAUCAUCAACCUAGAUCCGAACCCAAUCGUAGUCGUCCUAUAUCACCUGCUAGUGAACCGUCGAAUGUUCCUUUAAGGUCUGUUCAACUCCCUCCAGCUGACAUUCGUCUGUGUGCUGUUUUGGCUCCCCCCAGAGGUGCAAAGGAACAGCAGUUGAAUGUAAUUAAGAGUCGUAUUUCUAGCGAUGAUCGCUAUCAAGCAAUGGAUUAUAUGCCGAGUGAGCGACAAACCUGCCUCACAAGUCAUUUGGAUAUCCUUCUUCAUAGAAGUGAAUCUCAAAAUGAGGCUCCUGCGUCUCCAUCAUCUACCAUCCAGCGUCAUUUCUCUUGUUCUUUUAUGGACCAGAAAGAAGUUUCCAUGCAACUAACCUUCCCUCUUCCCCAAUGUCCAGCUUAUCAAAGUGGCCGAUGUAUGGAUUUAGUUUUUGAGAAUCUCUUUUCCAAUGUAGGUUGGAGUGUCGGUGAGACUCCAAACACUUUCUCGUCGCGACUAUCUUCUGUUUUGGGUCAGGGCGAUAAGUGUCUGCGUGUUGCAGUGUGCGCAAUCUGCACAGAUGUAGUAGCAGCCACAGCGGGAAUCAACCUCUUUCGGGCGGCCGGAUUCGUGCCAGAAGGUGUCACAAGUCCUAGCCUCCUGACGUCUCCAUCCUCAGUACCAAGGCUGACUCAGAAUCUAUCCUCCUCCUGGCCACUGGCAUCUACUCUGCUCACCCCGGUUGAUACUUUAAUUGCUUCUGUCAAUGGAGACUCACUUAUCUCACCAGUGCUAGGCACUAUUCAAGCGUCAUUUCUUUCACACCAUGGGGCAAGUGCAAUCGUUCUUCUUACCCUGGCCACGAACCCUCGACAGUCACCUGAUGUAUUCGAUGGGGUCAUAUUUCUGCUCUCUACUGAUGAAAAUCAGCCCCUUUUUCUGCCAUGCAUCUGUGGAAAGGCUUGUUACUGCUGCAAGUGUUAUCGAGGGGCGUUCGAUUGCUCACAUAGUACACCACGUCCGAGGAGUCUCUAUUCUAGAGCCACUGCUAUCAAAGCACUAGUGGAACACCUUGCUCCAAUGCCACAUCUCAUAGUACUAGCAGGGGGAAGAGACGGUUGUUUUACAAUGGGAUCGUCAAAAACAAUGACGCUGACUUCUUUAACUGAAUCCUCGCCGAAAACACCAAUCGCUGAAAGUUCUCUCCAUCCGUCAGAGCUUCGGAGUAGAAGUUUCUCAUUCGAGAAUGGCGAUGAAAAAGGGAAUAACUCGUCUCUUACUUCGACCAAACCUCAGCCUCAAUUCGUGUUGGGUAAGUUGAGUUUUUUUUAA